CGAAGAUAUUAGUACUUAGUUCACUAAUUUUGUUUCGGUGAACUAGACCAUAACUUGGGAAAUUAGACACUAAUUUAACGGAACCAAUAAUAAUUUUGCUCCAGAAAACAAGAGGAUAGACAAAAUAGUUGUUGAUGGAUCAAACUAAAAAAAAUAUUGUAUUUGAAGAAAAAUUGUAAACAAAUUGAAGAAUAUAGUUGUAUUUAUUGUCUUUGUUAAAAAAGAGUUUAGUUAUCAUUUAAAAUGGCAAAUGAUGUUCCAGCAUUCUUGGAAGUUGGUACUCCAGUGAGUGCUAAAUUUAAAGGUGCUUUUUGUGAAGCUACUAUCAAAUCAUUGAAAAAAAAUGUAAAAUGCAAAGUUCAGUUUAAAGAUGUUAUAUCCAGUUCAGCAGUUGUUCAUGAUGAUGCAAUUGAUGGUCCUUUAAAGGUAAAUGCAGUUGUUCAAGUUUUAUUAGGUGAUGAAAGAAAAGAAGCUGUUAUACAAAAAAUAAACGAUCAUAGCUGGUAUACUGUUGUAUUUGAUGAUGGAGAUGAGCGAACUCUUAGAAGAACAAAUGUUUGUGUUAUGGGGGAGAAACAUUUUAAUGAGCAUGAGAACUUAGAUAACUUACCUUUAACUGACCCAGAAAACUUUUCAUCAAUGGUAGUUAUGCCAGCAGAUAAAAAGAGAAAACGAAGGCGUUCACAUUUAAAUUGUAGUAUUGAAGAAGAAGACUCUGAGAAUGAUGAGUUAAAAUGGAAUCAUGAUAAUAAAAAGUUAAAUGAAAAUAAUAAAGCGUAUUUGGGAAAGGUCAAUUGAGAAGGCUCUUUCCUACCAUGAUCUUGGUGAACUACCAAAAGGCUGGAAUAUAUUAGAUACAAUAGAUGAAAAGGAUGAUAGCUCUGACGAUGAUGUUUCUUUGUCUCAAACAUUGUCAUCAGAAACAAAGAUAUUUUUAGAAAAUUUGUAUUCAUUUAUGGAACAAAAUGGUACACCUAUUACUAAAGAACCUACAUUGAAUAACCAGGCUGUCAAUUUGCAUAAGAUGUUUGAAUUAGUAACACAACAUGGUGUUUUAGAAGAGAUUUCAAACCAACAAUGGAAAAGUAUUUACACUAAACUUGGUUUGAGAAAUUUUAAUUCUACAGCUACUAUAAAUAUGAAAAAUUUAUUUAGAAAAUAUCUACGGCCUUAUGAAGAACAUUUAAGUUUAUUUUCCAAGUCAUCUCCUAGCAACUCGCCAAAACAGUGUAAAUCCAAAUCUAAACGUUCCAGUCCUCUAAAAGGGGAAGUAGAAAACCAAUCAAUAGUUUCAGAAAGUGAUUCUGAACCAGAUAGGAGACGAUCGAGUCGUUUAUGUCGUAUUGUAGAAAGACCAUUAGCAAUACCAACAGAGUCAAUUAGAGAUGAUAUAGAUGUAAAUAGUAGGACUAUUUCAUCACAAAAUGAACUUGACAUAAAACUUGAAAGUGAAGAUGUUGAUGUAAAACUUGAAGGAGAAGAUGUAGACGUAGUCAAUAGUCCUAACACUUCUGUUACAAGUGAAGAAAUUGAGAAUAGAAACUGUAAUGAAAUUAAUAGCAAAUAUAAAGCUGGGACUAGAAUCUCUGUACAUUAUGGAAGUGGUAAAAAUCAACGGUUAUAUAAUGCAAAAAUUUUAGAAGUGGAUGAAGAAAAUGAUGAAGUUGUUUAUUAUAUUCAUUAUAACAAUUGGAAUCAUAGAUAUGAUGAAUGGGUAAAAGAUGAACGCAUUGCUGGUUUAAGUGCACCUACUAAAAAGCGACACUCAACUCCUCCAGCACCAUUAUCAAAAAUUGCUAAAGAUCCACCACUACGAUAUAAGCAACGAUCCUCAUCAAUUAAUGAUAAUGAGACAUCUGCAAAAUAUGUUCAUACUGAAAUAAAUAAACUCAGCAAAUCUCCUCUACAAAAUUUUGAGCUUCCUCAAUCACCUCAACAGUCUCCUGUUUACUCCAAUGAUUCAUCUAAGUCCUCUUUAUGUAGCGGUGCUUCAAUAAAGUCUCCUUUGUAUAACAGUGAAGCACAGUUUAAUGAUACUGAAUCUCCAAAGUGUGCUAAUUCUAUGAAAUCUUUAAAUCGACAAAAAUCAAGCGAUACCACUCCCGAUAAGCUUAAUAGUGGCAAUCAGGUUAAGUCAAUACAUCGUCUUAAGCCAAUAUCUGACUCACUAUUUAUACCAGAUAUUAAACCAAGUCCUGUUAAACCAAGAAUGACAAGAAAUUCAAUGCAAGAUACCUUUUUAUUAAAUGCUUUAGAGGAGAGUAUUGGGAAACCAAAUCAGAGUAUUGUAAAUUCUCAAUUGGAUAAUUCAUUAAAAUUAGAGGGACCAAGGCGCUCUAGUCGACAACAAGCUAUGAAUCAAGAUCAAAGUGCAGAAAGCGAUAUUAGUAGUAAAGAUGGGGACAAGGAUUAUAAUACUAAAAAAGAUGAAGAACAUGACGAAGUAGAACAUAAAAUAAAUAUAUAUGAUAAACCUUUUUUAAUUGUUAAUAGAUUAGAAACAAAUCGCUUUGAUGGUCAAGAAAAUUCUGCAAGAGAUGAUUCUGUUAAAAAAUGGAUUGAGGAUUCAAAGAAUGUAAUUAAAGUUGAUAUUGUAGAAACAAUAGAUCAUGCUUAUGAUACAAUUAACUUAAAACCAGAGGUAAACUUGAUUAGCGAAGAGACAGUUAUAGAUAAAGUUGCUGCUCCAGCUGAACAAAAUACUAAUAAUAAUAUGAAUAGUAAAAAACAAGAAACUGUCAGAACAAAUGAAACUCAUGCUUUAAAUGAUUUCUGCAGUAUAGUGGAGCAUGCACCUAAAUUAGAAACAUUAACAGAUUCAAUAGAAACUCAGACUAAACUUAUGCCUUUUUCACCUUCCAAAACAAGUGAUAAAAUUCGUAAGAAAAAGCUAGUCGAUAGACAAAAAAGAAAGCGAAAUUCUUCUGUAGGUUACGAUGAUAGCAUAAAGAGUCCCAUCAAAGAAAAAAAGGAAAGAAAACCACCUGUUCUUGAAUAUAAAAUCGAUUUUAUGUCUGAUUUAGCCUUUGCGUUAGAAAAAAAGGAUUCAGUCCAAAGAAUUGCUUUGAUGCAAUUUCGCUUAAACGAAAUGAGUAAACUUUACUGCAAAUUACGCUCGGAAGUUGCAAGUAUCGAUCGAAAAACUAAGCGAAAACUACGGAUUCAACUUGAUAACCGACGCUCCAACAAUGUGUAAAAACCUUUACACAUGAAAAAAAAAAAUUUAAUACUUGUUUUAAACGUGUAAAUAUAAUGCAGUUUAUUGGAAAAUUAUUAUAAAGGCAAAUAAAUUUAUAUAAUUAUUAUAAUGACAAUUAAGUUUGUGU